GUGUGUGUGCGUGUGUCGAGAGAGAGAGAGAGAGAGAGAGAGAGAGAUCACGUGCAAGUGUUGUGCAUUUAAGGGGUUGUGUUUGGAAAUUGCGCGAUGAGAGGAAUCUGGUAGGAAUUUGCGGCGGAAUUCGCACGUAAACUCGAAGGCUCUAGUUUACCAGUCUAUCGAAGAAGUGUUGGAGGCGCGGGCGCGAUGGGGCACUCUGUUUUUGAGGGUUUUGUGAAGGCAUCGGCUAUGAUUUUAGUCUCGGAGAUUGGAGACAAAACCUUCUUUGUUGCUGCGCUGAUGGCAAUGCGGCAUCCUCGGGGAGUGGUACUUGCUGGAGCCCUUGGCGCACUAGGGCUAAUGACUGUCCUUUCCGCUUUAUUUGGAUGGGCUGCCCCAAAUUUGAUAUCACGCCGGUUGACGCAAAAUGCAGCAACAGUCCUUUUUUUCUUCUUUGGUUUGCGUUCUUUGUGGCAGGCAUUUACAACUGAGGACAGCAUGUCUUCGGAGUUAGCAGAGGUUGAAGCUGAGUUGGAUGGUGAUGGCAAAAAACCUUCGGAGAAAACUCAAGGGGUGAAGGAUAAUCCCAAAAGAGGAAAUCUGGCUCUCCAAUACUUAUCUCCCGUUCUCAUAGAGACUUUCUCUCUUACAUUCCUUGGAGAAUGGGGUGAUAGGAGUCAGAUUGCCACCAUAGGUCUUGCUGCGCAAGAAAGUGUCACCGGAGUAGCUCUUGGAGGCAUUCUCGGUCAUGCCAUCUGCACGACAGCUGCGGUGUUGGGAGGCAAGCAUUUAGCAACUCAAAUUUCAGAAAAAGCAGUCUCACUUUGUGGAGGAGUAUUGUUUUUGAUUUUUGGAGUACACUCUCUUCUGUCCGGGGUGGAGGAAAGCUGAGACCACUGAGGGAGCAUCUCAUGUCUACACAUGGCAUGGCUCCAAGCGGCUUGAUUUUUUUCUCCAAUCUCAUUGGAGGCGAUUUUGAUCGGUUCAAGAUUAUUUGGCUCGUGCUCGUGAAGUCAUACUAGCUGAGUGGGUAAUCAUAUUUGUUGUAAAAAGCCUCGUAUGCUCGUUAAACGCAUGAAAAUGAUUGACUCAUCUGUUGCCAAGAAUAUCCGUCUGAUCCUCGCCCAUUGUGCUAACUUUACAGUAGGUCCUGUGAGUGAGCAGUUCGUCCUUCGAAAUCCAAGCUCUUAGUAGUGCAAGCAUCCAGCAAUUCCUGCCACAUGUGAGUGUGUAUUACGAGGGGUGCUGUCCGCACGCAGAAACUUCCGGCCGUCUACGUAUUGGCGGCUUUUAGUCUUGAUGUCAUAUAGUAGCACAUCCCGUGGAAACUGGACUUCAGACAGUGAUGAGACUGAGGAAGUUCGGAGAAACUUUCAGGCGCCUGGCCCAAGAUCAGAAUAAAAAAUGUUACUCCUUCCACGAUUAGUCCUUCUUUGGAAUGCCUAUUAAUCCCCCAUUGUGGAUUGAAGCAGGAUAAGAGUGGUGAAAAGGUAAUAGUGAUACCAGUCGCAGGUCAUGUUGUAUUAUA